AAGUAUGUCAUGGAGAGAACAGAACAGAACAUCGCUCAGAUUCAAAAUUGUUUAGUGGGGAUCACGGAAAUAUUUCCGCAAUCCAAAAUGGAAGAUUCCAAUAAAAGGGAAAACCUUCAGGCAGCGGCACCGUCAUCCGACUUGAAUACUGAUGCUGAAGAAGCUGACAAUGUUAGCUGGUGCGAUAUCGAGAGCGAUCCCGGGGUCUUCACACAGCUGAUACGUGACUUUGGCUGCGUGGGAGCGCAAAUGGAGGAGAUCUGGAGCCUGGACACAAACAUUUUCAAGAACUUGGAGCCGAUACACGGCCUCAUCUUCCUCUUUAAGUGGGUUCUGGACGAGCAGCCCGACGGCCGUGUGGUGAGCAACUUUGACGACGGCAUCUACUUUUCCCAGCAGGUGGUCGAGAAUUCCUGCGCCACCCAGGCCAUCCUUAGUCUGCUGCUCAACCUGAAGCACCCGGACAUCGAGCUGGGAGAGACGCUAACGCGCUUCAAGCAUUUCACCAGCAACUUGGAUCCGCUCAGGCGCGGCUACUGCCUCGGAAACGAUGAGAGCAUACGCGCAGCCCACAACUCGUUCGCCCGUCCCACUUUCGUUACGAACGAAUCACAGGAGGACAGAAGUGAUCCUACCAUCUACCACUUUGUCAGCUACAUACCCAUAGGUGAGAGGCUCUACGAGCUGGAUGGCCUGCGGGUGGGGCCCACGGAGUUGGCCGUGAUCGCCCCGGGCCAGAACUGGCUGGAUAUUGUUAGGCCGAUCAUUGAGGCCCGCAUGCACCGCUACAGCACCGACGAGAUCCACUUCAAUCUGAUGGCCCUAGUCUCGGACCGGCAGCGCUUCUACGAGCGCCGAAUCGAGAAGCUCCAACGGGACUCGCUACAGAUGCCGGAACCGCAGCGAGAGUCGGAGAUGAACGAUCUGCUCGACAGACUGCGCAUAGAGAAGGCGAAGAACCGUCAAUACCGCAUGGAGAACACACGCCGUCGUCACAAUUACGUGCCCUUCAUCGUGGAGCUGCUCAAGCAGAUGGGAGAGAACGGACAGCUAUCGCCAAUCUUGGAGCAGGCCAAGCAAAAUACCCACGAGUCCAACGAGCUUAACGAGAAUGCCAAGAAUGCCGAGAAUGAUGAGUUUUAUUUGCAUCAAAUAUUGGAAUGAUAUACGAGUAUACUCGUACCAAAUAGACUGAAAUUAUCAUUGAGCGAGUAUGCACUGCGUUUACGUUUUUCGAUUUUAAACGUGUAUGGUACAGGCAGUCAAUUAAUUUACAAUA